AUGACCCGUAUUCAAAAAGUUGUCAUUGGAUACCCACACCAUUGUAUCUUCGAGUUCGAGUUCCAAGACGAAGUGUGUAUCGGUAACUUCCUUGGCCCUUGGAUGCAUGGGUGGCAUCAGCUUGGCGCAUUGACUACAAGCGAGGACUUCGUUUGCAAAAAUGAGCUUACGGAGGGGCAUGUAAAAAGAGUCUGGAAGUUCCAUUGCAGAAUACGGAGAACCCCCGAUUCCUACGAAGCUUUUCCACCUUUCAUCGACGGUCCGGUGGAUAGAGAGAAAGUCAAUGCGAAAGCAGCAUCUUCCGCGCAGCCUUUGUCCUUACGAUGCGAGACAAACCCGAAUCGGACAGCUUGCCUCGCUGGAAUACACGACCCUCGUUUCUCUGUUCUCUCUGUUCUAAUAGAAGAACACAAGCGCCGCCUUAUGUGCUACCUGCUCCAUCCACACUCCUCUCCUAGCAAACGGGAUUACACCGCCCGCGCCGCCGCAUUGAAAUAG